AGGGCGGCGGAGCGGGGCGCGCUCCUAUGGCCCGGCGGAGGCGGCACGGCGGGGCCGGCGGCCCGGCGGCGGGGCAGCAUGCCGGGGGCGGCGGGGCGGUAGCGGCGGCGCUGAGUUCGGCGGCGGGAGCGGCGAUGCGGCUGCUCGGCGCCUUCCUGCGGCUGCUGGUGGCCGCGGCGCUGGGGGCGCCCCCCGCCCCGGCCCCGGAGGCGCGGGGGACCGCCAGCGCGGAGCCGCCCGUCCUGACCUUUCGGGAGAUCUGGAAUCGAAGUUUCUGCAGGCCUCUGGAGCAGCUGGUGGAUGUUAUUACUGAGUUCCCCAAUGAGGUGGAGUACAUUUUCAGACCCUCCUGUGUCUCCCUGCAGCGCUGUGGAGGCUGCUGUGGGGAUGAGGGUCUCCGCUGCAUCCCCGUGGAGACAAGCACAGUCACCAUGCAGCUCCUGAAGUUAAAGCCAAACGGGGAGGCAUCCUAUGUGGAGAUGAUGUUCACCGAGCACAAGCAGUGCGAGUGCAGGCCCCGGCAGGACCUGAUGAGGUUGGGAAGGAGGAGGUCCAAGGGCCGAGGUAAGAGAAGACAAGACAAGAUGAGACGUAAAGACUGUGAACUAUGUGGUACACCGCGCAGGUAGCCUCUGCUCUGCCCCCAGCCUUGCUCCUGUCACCUGGGUUUGAGCCAGCUGUGUUUUCCCCUGAUGUCAGGGGCUUGUGGACCCAUGCCCCUCCAAGCAGCGGUGGGGAGCAGGACUCCAGCAGGGAAGAGCUGACUGGACUUCUGCUUGGCCCUGGUGGGAAUGCUGCCUGGAACCAAGGACUCCCUUGUGCUGUCUGCACCAUUGGCAGCAGAACAAAAGGACCCAUGAUCAGGGCUGGGGCUGAAGAUGAGGAGCUCAAGCAGCCUGUUGGUAUUCAAGGGUAUCCUGGAAGCAAUGACUGAAGCUGGUGGAUGUGCUGCUGGACCUGGCUGGGGACAGCAUGAUGUGGGGGCGAGUGGAGAUGGCUCAGAGGGCUGCAGCUGCAAAACUGCUCUGUCCUGCCAGCGUCCUGCAGCUGGGGAGGAAGGAAACCUGGGGCAGGCAAGGCUGCAGGGCUGCAUCCGUCCCAGCCUUGGCAUGGAGCAGCCCAGGACAGUGCCAGGGAGCUUGACUGGGAAACCCUCCUGGUGGGGAAGGGCAGGGAAUUGGGGUUGUCAGGGCUCCUCACGUACUCACAGCCACAACCCAGCCUUGCCCUGCUCAGUAAAACCUGGUGGUCAGAUACAGGAGCUGGCAGUGCAAGCACUCCCAUCUGCUUUCCAGCAGCCACAGGCAGGGCUCUUCCCCAUAGGUGCCUGCCCAGGCUAGAGGAGGGCACUCCUGCAGCACCCAACGGGCUGCCCUUGGUAUGAUGCUGGAGGUGGAUAACCAGCAGUUUGGGACCAAGGUGCUCCCCAGGGUGGGGGCUACCCAUGUGCUGGAGCUCAGGUGGGUACUGGGAGACCCUUGGGGGAACUGCUCUUCCAUACCAUAGUAUGGGUCUGGUAUCUCCCCUGUUCGCCAUCUGCAUCCUGUUCUCACACCAGUCCAAAUCUCUGGCUUGCUGUCCUGUGGCUUUCCUUCUCCCUGGCUGGGCUAAUGCCUGGUUAGGGUAGUCGGGGGCAGGCUGCCCAUGGGCCUUCCCACCCAAGAAACACCCCACCAAGGCUCAUGCACCUGGCAUGGGGGCCGGCUGGCCUGGGGGCCCUGUCUGUUACUGGGAACAUCCUGGGGUGUGUAGGGGGCUGGUGUCCCUCAUCGAGGUGGCUGUGGGUGCUGCUGUCUCCUGCUUUCCAUGCUCAGGUCAUGAGGGCAGCCCCAGCCUUUGUUUCUGUGUGCCUUAAGCAGUGCCCCUGGGGCUCUUCUCCCCUUUCCUGCCCCCACUGUAAGGGGGCUGGGGCUGGCUGCCAAAUGCAUCCUGUGCUGCUCCGUGCAAGUCAUACCCUGGAGCAGUGCACAUAGCUGGAAACCCUAAGGGUGAGUUGGGUACCAGCAUGAUUGUGGAGCACCCCUGACACGAGGUUAAAACAAAAUCAAGGCUUAUUCUUGAAAGGUUCAAGCAAAAGAUUGGAGGCAAGAUGUGCAAAGGCUUCAAUGUUACCAUCAAAUGAGGUGACCUGAGGUUUAUCCUGCACUGAGGAACAAGAGUGGAGCCUCAUGUCCAUAGCUGGGGCUGGCACAAGGACAUGGGGACAGGGCUGGUUCUCUGGCAGCUGUUCCCUGGCAGGGAAAGCUGGUGGUGUGCGUUGAGAUGAUGUGAACUUCCAUGCUGCCACCAGGUAGCAUAACAUGGACUGGGCAAGUUGCACCUGUGUGGCUGGGCAUAUCCUCCUGGAGCUUUCUGGAUCCCUUUUAGACCCCAUUUCCACUUCUGGCAUCUAUAGUGUCCUGGGGCUCAGCCUGUGUGGAUUCUGCCUCAACAACAACCCAUGAAGCUCCUCCUUGACCACCUCAUGGGUGAGGGGGACUCACCACUCCCCUUCCCACACUGCUCAGGGUCUGCAUGGGCCAUGUGGCACCCUAGCUCCAGUGGCCUGUCUUGGUCUGUGCAGGCUCUCCCCAUCCCCACGUGCCCUUGCAGCCUGGCUGGUUGCGCUUUGAGGCUAGGUAGAACUGUGCGCCACACUCAAGGGAUGAACGUGAUGGCUUCUGUAUUGUUUCGAACAGUAAAAGUUUCAUCAUGGUAGUAUUAAACCUUUAAAAAGGAAGUUACAUAAACCCAAGGAUGUUAAUUAAUAAAAAUAAGUUUGUCAAGAGUGGUGAUUAGGGU